CAUCAAUCUCACUCGAUAGACAACAGGAUCGAUGAGAAUGAUAGUCUGAACGUUUUGCUGUAGGAUCUUUAGUUCUGCAGUCCAGUUUCCGCCAUGAUUGCUGUCAAAAUUUUGAUGGUGGCAGGCCUUCUUGUCAUAAGUCCAGAUUUGUGCCAGCCUAACGUACAUAAUUCACCGACCUCAUCUCCUAGACAUCAUUCUACAGUUGAAAGCGGAACGAGAAAGUCAGGUGCACCUCCAAGUCCAGACCAACACACCCAUAGACGCUCGUCAUCUCCUCAAAAUCAACUUCCUGCAUCAUCUCGAACAGGAGAGGGAACGAAUCAUAUAACAUCGAAAGGAUCACACGUGGUGCAUACGAAUAAUCACAACCUGCAUAAAGUGUCAUCUGUGAGGACACGCAGGGUGGACAGUGAUUACUGGACGAAAUCUCACCCGUCCAAGCCAGAAACGCAACGAAUGCAAAGCUAUGGGGAAAGUGAGCCUUUACUGGGAGAGGGAUCGUCAUCAUCUUACAUGCAUACGACAGGGAGCAUAGAAACACCCUCGCACCACAGAAAAGUCUCACUCCAAAGGAGUUACGCAAUGACGGAACAUGAAAUAAGUCACGCAAUGCCGAAACCUGAAAUAGAGUCUGGUCUCAAAUCACCAAGAAAGGGAAGUGUCUCUCCGGAAAAAAGACCUUUAUUGUCAACUGGGAAGACAGCAAUUACAACAGGAGGAAAACCUCCGAAACACUCGUCGACCUCAACGACAACAGGACUCGGAGCGGGACUACAUAAGAUAGGAGAGGUUCUCAAGAGUAAAGAAGAAGGUUACAAACGAUUGGACAAAGGAAAGAGUCCAGCAUUAUCUCCAGAGGAACAGAUUGUCUUCGGGGUUUUUAAGGGAGAAGGUGGCCAUUCUAUCACGUUUGAAGAGUGCGGAGAAAAAUGCAAAACCCACUUUGGCGAGAUGUAUUUGCCGAAUGAUGAUAACCGUGCUCCAUUGGCUCUUCCUAUUAUAGUAAAGGAUAAAAAAAACGAAAGCAGUAAGUUGUAACUGUAGAAUGAAUGCCGA